AUGGAGGCUUUAGAUGUCUGCUCCAAGCCCAAGAGGGCAAGAAGUCAAAAUUUUAGCAUUAUGGAGAUGAAUAUCAUCCAUAAUGAGCUGAAAGCCAACCCUGUUUUGAAGAGUAAGUUUUCAAAUAUCAUUACAAAUCAAAAGAAACAAUCUAUUUGGCCGGAUAUUACUGAAAAGGUAAAUGCUGUUGGCAAUACAAAGAGAACAAUAAUGAGGUCAGGGACAAAUGGAGAAAAAUGUGUAGGGAUGCCAAGGACAAAUUUGCAGGGCAUCGGAGAGAGACAAAAAGGACCGGAGGGGUCACCGCCUACACCACUAUCACAGUCGGUUACAGACAAUGUGGAUAGGUAUAAAGACUGCAGCUCUUUAAUGGGAAUUCCUGGAGGAAUGGAGACCCCAAUCUUCAGUGAGACAGAUGUGAUAUUGAAUAACUUAUACAUGACACAUGAAAAAAAAUGA